AUGGAAAAUUCAAAUUAUAAUAUUGAGAAAGUGUAUAGAGAAUUUGCUACGAUCGAUGACUAUUUUUAUGUGACGGAGGAUUGUGGAUUUAGAGUUAAUACAGAACACACAUCAAUCCUCCAAUAUUGUAAUUACAGUAAUAGCUCAGGAAAAUACACUUCUGAUGAUUAUUUUCAAUUGGCUAGUUGUAGUGUUAUUCAUUUGCUAGAAAUGUUAAAGAAGUAUAAAUUAGAAGAUGAUAAACUUGCCGAAUACGUUAUUUUGUGGUUAAGUUAUAAACUAAAUGCAGUGCCAGAAAAAUGUAGUCCCACCAAUUUAAAUGAUUUUUAUAAUAGUUAUAUAGUAAAAAAUAAUGAUUAUAAUGAGAAAAUAAAAAAUAGUGGUAGUACGACUUAUAAGGAUAUUAUAGAUACAAAAAAAGAUUUGAUCGAUAUGAAUAAUAAUGAAAUAUCUAAAUUUAAUGAUCCAUUUAGUAUAUUAUUUUAUUUGUAUAAUGUAUUUCAUGAUAAUCAUUUGAAAUGCAAACAAUAUUCGGGAAAGGCUAAAGAAUUUGUUCGAUAUUUUAAAGAACUUAAUGAUGAUUCUAAUAUUAAUGGAAAUACUUUAUACAAAAAAUUACUAUCUACAUUAUCAGAUGAUUAUGAUAAUUUAAAAAAAAUAUAUCAUGAUACUAAUAAAUGUACCGAUUUUCCAUCUAUUUCAGAUUUAACAUCCCAAAAAAGUUCUGGAAAAGAUUCUGAACAACCUGGUGUACUAAGUUCUGAAGCUACAUCAUCAAGUUCGUCGAUAUUAAACACAGUAAUUCCAGCUUUAUCGACACUUGCAAUACCGGUUUUCUUGGGAGUUGCUUAUAAGACAAUAUAUAAAAAAAAAAUUAAAAAAAAUAAAGAAGAAAAUGAAACAUAA